GUUCAGCCGUUCAAGCGCGGCGAAACGAGCGGACGCAGCUCUCCGUGUCACUCGUCAGCAGCACCGAACUGGCGCGCCCUCCAUGCUGCCGGCAACCGUCUUCUGUUCAUAUAGCCAUUGGAAAGAUUCCGGUUGAGGAUUCAUAGCCCUUCCUUUUGGUCAUUUUCUCUCGUUUCCCGGUGCUGUCCCACUUCUGCCCUGUAACUUUCCAGGCUUCUUCGAUAUGACUGCCGUUGCGAAAAGGAGGCUACAGGCCUUGAGCCAGCAGCUCGUCGAGGGCAUACCCGACGCCGGCACCUUCGAAAACAUUCCUCGCAUCAGGGAGGUUGCUCCCGAUUCCGUGGGACCUCGCUGCAAAGGCAAAGUCGUCAUCGUCACCGGGACCAACUCGCCCAUCGGCAUUGGCCGCGCCUCUGCCCACCAAUUUGCCCGUAAUGGCGCCAAAGCGGUCUUCAUCUGCGACUUCUCCUCCACCUAUCUCGACGUGCACAAGCGGGAGCUCGAAUCCCUCUAUCCAAACGUCGACAUCCACGCUCGCCAAUUCGACGCAGGAAAUGAAGAGCAGGUUAAAGCCGUCGUCGACGAGGCCAUGCAGAGAUACGGUCGGCUGGAUAUCAUGUUCGCCAACGCAGGCAUCGUCGGCCAGCCCAAGAUCUUCACCGAAAUCACCGGAGAUGAUUUCAUGAAGACAAUGGAAACAAAUGCCAAGGGCCCCUUCCUCGCAACCAAAUACGCCGCUCUCGCAAUGCAGACCACCUCUGCCUCCAAACCCUACCCGUCAGGUAGCAUCAUCCUCACCGCCUCCGUCGCCGGUCUUCGCUCCAACGCCGGCUCAACAGACUACUCCGCAUCCAAAGCCGCCGUUGUCUCGCUCGCACAAACCUGCGCCUUCCAGCUCGCCGGUACUGGAAUCCGUGUAAACGCCCUCUGCCCAGGCGUGGUUGAGACAGGUAUGACGAAAGGCAUGUACGACAUGGCGCGGGCAAGGGGUACGGAGAAGAAGAUCGGCCAAUUGAACCCUCUGCGGAGAGGUGCUGUUGCGGAUGAAAUUGCAAGAGCGGCGUUGUUUUUAGGCAGUGAUGAGAGCAGCUACGUGAACGGACAGGCCUGGGCAGUCUGUGGAGGAUUGAGUGCCGGUCACCCGUUUGUUCCAGGGAAGCUGGCUUAGAGCAAUGGGAUAGAUGACUUAGACCUACUCCCAUCCAGCAUACCUUU